CUCAAUUUUCUCUCAAUUCGUCGAUUCUAGGGUUUUUUGUUUACUUCGAAUUUGGAUACAAUCCGACUUGUCUCGGUGCCAAUUUCUCCGGGAACUUUGUUUUCGAGCUCUGUUUGGUUGCUCGGGAAAAGGGUUGUUAACAGAAAAGAAUAAAAAUCGGAGCUGUGGGUGUAUUUCGUUUCCGUGUUCUUCUUCUACCUCAAUUGUCUAAUCGGGAGUUAGACAGUGUAACUAGUCAUAAUAUUGUUUCUUGUUCCGUCUCGGCUCAUAUUUCUAAGUAGCCAAAUGUUGUAUAUGAGGAAGAUGGCUGUGAUCUGGAGGAUUUAUAUAUGUGCGUGUGUAUGUAUUAGUAAUUGUCUGGAUUAAGCCAUUUAUUUUUACCUUGAGAGAGUUCAGAAUAAUGCCAACAAGAUCCAAAAGUGAAGAUCAACAACCAGAAAAUGGGGCACAUAUGAUUUCACCGUCAAUAGUUUACUCCCAACCCUGGUGGCGUGGUGCUGGAAAUUCUGCCAUGCCUUCUCCAGUGGAACACAUUAAUGGUACUGCCACAAUGGGAGCUCUCCACUCACAAGCUAAUGGUGAUGGUAGCAAUAAAGAAGAACAUGCCGCUACUUCCGAGCAACCUGGAUUGAAUGGUAAUGGUGUGCUUGAACAGCAACAUGUCAAGCACUUCCCAUCUUCAACAUCAGCAGCUGUUGGUGAACAUGUUGAACCAAAUUCCCAGAUGGAGCUCGUUGGCCACUCUAUUAUGUUGACGUCAUAUCCAUAUCCGGAUCCACCUUAUGGGGGAAUAAUGGCAUAUGGGGCACAGGUGCAUCCUCAUUUCCUAGGCUUCCAUCCAACUAGAAUGCCCUUGCCCCUUGAUAUGGAAGAGGAACCUGUUUAUGUGAAUGCAAAGCAGUAUCAUGGAAUUUUGAGACGAAGGCAAAUAAGAGCCAAGAUGGAACUUGAGAAGAAAAUGAUAAAAGGUAGAAAGCCGUAUCUUCAUGAAUCUCGCCACCAACAUGCCAUGAGAAGGGCAAGAGGUUGUGGAGGCCGUUUUCUGAAUACGAAAAAACAAGUUAAUGAUGCCACCAAUUCCACUUCUGAGAGAGAGCCACACUGUGGCUCUAAUUCAACACAAUCUGCCAACUCAUCAGGCUCUGAACACUUGACCACGAACUCUAACGGAAACUAUGAUCGACAUGAGAACUGUGGCAGGUUUCAAGACAUUUGCAGUGAGCGCAAUUCCUCAAGUGCGAAGAAUGGCCACGGCUUCUCCUCUAUGCACCAUUCACAAUUGACUGGCAGUGAGGAUGGGGGAGAUUGGUUUCAUCAGGAAAAAGGUAGCAUCCUGUUCAGUCAGGCCUCACAUGGGGCUUCCGCCACCAAAUGAGAAUCUCCCUGUUCUUGGGUGGUGGGUCGUUUUGGUGAUGUCUUGUGUCGGGCAACGCUGGAGCGUGACCCAUCCCGAGUGGAGGGGACUCUCAUCAGGCAAAUCAUUCUUGGCUCUGGUUACUUUUGUGUUCCAGUGGGGGGUGAGACAAAGUGUGAGAGAAUAUGAAGGCCUACUACUGUUUGCAGUCUGCCAUCAUGUUCAUUUCUCGGGGCCUCCCCCUUUUGUAAAUUAAAAAGUUAGGACCUGUAUUAAUAUGUGUGAAUUCAAGACCUCAAACAACGAACCGUCGAAUGUGUGGAGACCUCUGUUUCAAGCAGGAACUAACCUUUCAGACAACAAUUGUCUUGCAUGUUUAAGGUGUUGAAGAGCAGUUCUUUCUUUGUGGUC